AUGAAUAAGGAUACCCUGGAAAAGGCCCUGACCGCCCGAGUGACCAAAGCCAUGGGCUUGAAGAUUGCUCUGAGUCGGGAGAACGCGGCCAAUGUGCGGGACGGCCUGGCAAAGGCCAUUUAUUCUCGCCUCUUUGAAUGGCUGGUCAGCAUGGUGAAUCGCGCCAUUCCUAACACCCAGCAGGCCACCUACGUGGGUCUCUUGGAUAUUGCCGGUUUCGAACACUUUGAGGAGAACUCUUUCGAACAAUUUUGCAUCAAUUACUGCAAUGAAAAGCUGCAACAGUUCUUCAACGAGCGCAUUCUCAAAGAGGAACAGAUUGUCUACCAGCAUGAGGGCCUCAGUGUGCAGACGGUAAACUUCAUUGACAACCAGGACUGCAUUGACUUAAUGGAGGAAAAGAGGACUGGUAUUAUGGCUUUAUUGGACGAAGAAAGUCGUCUGCCAGCCGGAACAGUCGAACACUUCACAGCUGAGGUUCACCGAAUACAUGCCAAUAAUAAAAGACUCGAGGUCCCAAGGAAAUUAAAACUCAAGCUACGGGACAGUGAGGGCUUUGUGCUGUACCAUUUUGCUGGACCAGUUUGCUACACCACAGAGAAGUUUAUUUCAAAGAAUAACGAUGCUCUACACUCGUCUCUGGAGGAGCUGCUGCACUCUAGCAAGAACAAGCUGCUGCGGCAGAUGCACAAUCCAACUGAGUCGAAGUCUUGGACGCUCAAGAAAAUUCAACGGAACAUUGCAGGCAAAAUAAACUUCAUCAGUGUGGGAAGCAAAUUCACAGAGCAGCUCAACACCCUGAUCCUGAAACUGAGAUCAACGGGUACGAAUUUCAUCCGUUGUGUAAAACCAAACUCCACAAUGUCUGCGUACGAGUUCGAGGGAAACUCUUGCCUCGAUCAAUUGCGUUUCUUCGGUCUGACGGACGUGCUUGCGCUGAUGGAAAAGGGUUUCCCCUCUCGUACACAGUUUACAGAACUGUAUGAAGCCUACAAACCCCUGCUUACAAACGACCUAAGGCGCUUAGAGCCCCGCACCUUCCUCAAGGUUUGUUCAUAUCUUUUUGUCCGGUACAUGGUUUCUUAUUUACUAGAAGUAUAA